AUCCCGUUUCCCCAAAACACUAAAUAUUGGACUAUAAAUUGUUCCUGUAUUAUACUAAUACAAAUGAUUUUGUUCUAUUCUACUGUGCCAUUUACUUAGUAUGAUCUUGUAUUUCUUGUGGCAAAGUACCUCGUUUACUGGCUACUUGAACCAUCUCCAUUGUAGCUAGUUUGUUCCUAAGAAAAAAAACGUUGACAGUUGAGUAUAGCUGCAACGUCAGAGAACAGACACAGAAAAAACAAGAGGGAAGAUGAGUCAAAGCGAGCAGCAACAGCAGGAUGAAAUCUCAGCAUACCUCAAAGAUGACCAUCCAACAGACGGUAACAAGGAUCACCCCGCGACCCAGCCAGGCAUGUUCUCCAGAGUGACUGGAGGACUCUUCAGUGUCACUAAAGGUGCUGUGGGAGCCACUGUGGGUGGGGUGGCCUGGAUAGGAGGGAAGAGCUUCGACCUGACCAAGACCGCUGUCACCUCAGUGGCCGCUGUACCUGGCAUUGGGGUGGGGCUGGUGAAAGGAGGGGUGUGUGCUGUAGCUGGAUGCGUGUCUGCAGUAGGCUCAGCGGUGGGCAAUAAAGUUCCUAUUGGAGGAGGCAAGAAGAAGGACAAGUCUGACUGAGGAGGGGAUGGACGGCGAUGCCGUUUUGGGUCUCAUGUCUGUUUCGUCUACAGUGUGGAGGGGCCUGGAGGGCUACAGAGGAUUCAAAGUCGUGUGUGUGUUCUCUUUUUGUGGAGGCCUACACUCUGAUCCGCAAGUGUCUAUGGACCACUCUCAUUAUGUGGCAGCCUGGUCACCGAGGGGGAGACUAAAUAAGUGGUUUCCUGGUCAGUAGUGCAGGGGCCUCCCCACCCAUCUUUGUCUGCAAUAAUAACCAGUGCCUCAAACUGUUGGAAUAUGAAAUGACUGAUUGUGAAUGUUGUAUUUACUCUGUAGAUAAACAGCCAAGAAAAUAUUAGGCCUAUUUUAUUGCUUAGUAUUUGUUCCAUCUCCUGGUCGCUGUUUAAGAAAGAGGCCAAGAACAUUUUCACAAUGUUUAAGGUGGUGUUCAUUGCUGUGUUUGGCAGUCAGACAAUCAGUGAUCGAUGCCUAGUCCGGCACAUCUAACAGUAAAUGAAAAGGAUCUCAUGGGGGGGGGUUGGUGCUGGGACUGCACAGGGGGUUACUACCUUGACCCCCGAGCAGAGGUGUGGUUCAGAUCGAAGAAGCCAGCACCGGGCUGCUCCAACCAUUUGAGGCAGCGCCUUGUUUUGAAAAGCAUUGGUGACGGCGGGGAGUUGAUGGCUGCACUCCAUCUCUCUGAUUGAUUCUAUUUCUGAGAUUACGGACUCUAUGCGUCUGGGGCCCAGCCACUCAGCCUUGGUGCUCUUUCCCACAACAACACUCAUCACUCUCCCACCCCUCCCCAAUAAUUACCGUGGCAUGCUGGGGUUUCAAUGCUACCUGCAAGGGCUAUGGUAGACUGAACACUGCUAGGGAAGUCGAUGUUCCUGACUAGAUGUUUAUGCUGGUGGAUAUUGUUUUCUUUUGUUUUUUCUUCUUCCCCUGUAAAGUAUACGAUUUAUAUCUCAAACUCCCCAUUCCUGAUGUGAGGGGGAUUUUUUUUCUUUUUUCGUAGGGAUAUUAUUUCUCCACCAGGGAAAUGCUCUAAAGUGGACAUGUUCAUUUCCAUUCAUAUUUUUCAUCUUCAGAAAACGCACUCUGGUGUAAGUAAUGUAACCUUAUGUUUUUCAAUGACAAAGUAGUUUUAGGAUCCGUUUCCCCUUUGAUGGUAUGGACUCUUCAUUUUUUCACUGAUGGUGCGUUGAAUCACGGAGCUCUGUCACUGCUGUUCCUUCCUCUCUCGCUAUAUUUUGAUCUUUCACUUUACAGCAAGGUGCCUUAUUCCCACAAGAAAGCCUGAACUAAAGUAACUUAUUCAUUUUUUUAACCUAAUAUAUCUAUCAUCUUAUUCCGUAGUCCACAUGUUGUUCUACUGCCAAAAAACAAACUAGCCUACUUUAGCAUGAACCAUUUCUGAAUAAAUUUAAGGAGUUGUCUUUUUC